CGCCUUAUCACACUUCCCUUACCGGGAGUUGGGAGCAGCGCGGGCAGCCGGCGCCCCGGUGCAAACUGGGGGUGUCUUCUGGACGCCCCCCCGCCGCCGCUGCCCCCGGCUCUGGCCAUGGCCUGGCGGGGCGCAGUGCCGAGCGUCCUGGGGGCGCCCGGGGGCGUCGAUCUCAGUCUGCGGCUGCUGCUGCCGUUGCUGCUGCUCCUGGAGCCAGCGCGGGGCUUCGGGGACGAGGAGGAGCGGCGCUGCGACCCCAUCCGCAUCUCUAUGUGCCAGAACCUGGGCUACAACGUGACCAAGAUGCCCAACCUGGUGGGGCACGAGCUGCAGACAGACGCCGAGCUGCAGCUGACAACUUUCACGCCGCUCAUCCAGUACGGCUGCUCCAGCCAGCUGCAGUUCUUCCUUUGUUCGGUUUAUGUGCCAAUGUGCACAGAGAAGAUCAACAUCCCCAUCGGCCCAUGCGGCGGCAUGUGUCUUUCAGUCAAGAGGCGCUGUGAACCCGUCCUGAAGGAAUUUGGGUUUGCCUGGCCAGAGAGCCUGAACUGCAGCAAAUUCCCACCCCAGAAUGACCACAACCACAUGUGCAUGGAAGGGCCAGGUGAUGAGGAGGUGCCAUUACCUCACAAAACCCCCAUGCAGCCUGGGGAAGAGUGCCACUCCGUAGGCACCAACUCGGAUCAGUACAUCUGGGUGAAAAGGAGCCUGAACUGUGUUCUCAAGUGUGGCUAUGAUGCUGGCUUGUAUAGCCGCUCGGCCAAAGAGUUCACGGACAUCUGGAUGGCCGUGUGGGCCAGUCUGUGCUUCAUCUCCACCGCCUUCACGGUGCUCACCUUCCUGAUCGAUUCCUCCAGGUUUUCCUACCCUGAGCGCCCCAUCAUAUUUCUCAGUAUGUGCUAUAAUAUUUAUAGCAUUGCUUAUAUUGUCAGGCUGACCGUGGGCCGGGAAAGGAUAUCCUGCGAUUUUGAAGAGGCAGCAGAACCUGUUCUCAUCCAAGAAGGACUUAAGAACACAGGAUGUGCAAUCAUUUUCUUGCUGAUGUACUUUUUUGGAAUGGCCAGCUCCAUCUGGUGGGUUAUUCUGACACUCACUUGGUUUUUGGCAGCGGGACUCAAAUGGGGUCAUGAGGCCAUUGAGAUGCACAGCUCUUAUUUCCACAUUGCCGCCUGGGCCAUUCCUGCUGUGAAAACCAUUGUCAUCUUGAUUAUGAGACUGGUGGAUGCGGAUGAACUGACCGGCCUGUGCUACGUCGGGAAUCAAAACCUUGAUGCCCUCACGGGCUUUGUGGUGGCUCCCCUCUUCACUUACUUGGUGAUCGGGACUCUGUUUAUCGCGGCCGGUUUAGUGGCCUUGUUCAAAAUUCGGUCCAAUCUGCAAAAGGAUGGGACAAAGACGGACAAGUUGGAAAGGCUGAUGGUCAAGAUCGGGGUCUUCUCAGUCCUGUACACGGUGCCUGCCACCUGUGUGAUUGCCUGUUAUUUCUAUGAAAUCUCCAACUGGGCGCUCUUCCGGUAUUCUGCAGAUGACUCCAAUAUGGCAGUGGAAAUGUUGAAAAUUUUUAUGUCUUUGCUGGUGGGCAUCACUUCAGGCAUGUGGAUUUGGUCUGCCAAAACUCUGCACACCUGGCAGAAGUGUUCUAACAGAUUGGUGAAUUCUGGGAAGGUAAAGAGAGAAAAGCGGGGGAAUGGUUGGGUGAAGCCUGGGAAAGGCAACGAAACUGUGGUAUAAGGCAAACUGGGCUCCACGCUUUCCAAAUUUUGAAGGCAUUGGGGCGGGGGGGGAAUGCUAGCAUUUUGGUGCAAGUGCGACUAAAGGUUUCCUGCAGUGAAUCUCAGUUUGAGCAGACUGGCAACACUUAAGUGACCCCUGUAAG